AUGGAGACUGCGAUUUGUGGGAGAUUCGCUCUCGCACCAACCACUCUCAUCAAUUCUAAAUCAGGGGACAAAUUUUCAGUCUCAAAAGGACCAUGUGUGAAUCGUGGCGUUCUCAUGAACUUGUCUACUACGUCUGCUUUGGGUAAAGGAGGUGGUGUGUUGGACAAACCAAUUAUAGAGAAAACCACUCCUGGUCGCGAAUCCGAGUUUGAUUUGAGGAAAUCAAAGAAGAUGGCUCCACCUUACCGGGUUAUACUACACAACGACAACUUCAACAAGAGGGAAUAUGUGGUUCAGGUGUUGAUGAAGGUAAUACCCGGCAUGACUGUAGACAAUGCAGUUAACAUUAUGCAAGAAGCCCACAUCAACGGUUUGGCAGUUGUGAUCGUCUGUGCUCAAGCCGAUGCAGAGCAACACUGUAUGCAGCUGCGCGGUAACGGCCUUCUCAGUUCUGUUGAACCUGAUGGUGGAGGCUGCUGA